GUUUCACCUCCCAGCGGUGGCGCCCAAGGACUGUUUCCUGAGUCCAGCACUGAUGGUGGUUGACCUGGGGAGAUGGCAGUCGGAGAAUAUUUCUGGCAAGAUCCUCACAUGGCUUCAGCGUUAUCGUGACCAGCCCCUGGAGGAGGAUCUUUGGGUGAAGAGCUUGAUCAUGCCGCCUUGGCUGCUGUCCCUGGAAAGAUUCGCUGAGUUGGACCCUGCGUGGGGCUGCGUCGACUUGGGGUCAGAGGAGCUAACGCCUCAAGAGACAAAGAGCCUUCUUAAGAUGGGCCUGGCGCGGGAGGACAUGCUGCGGCUGGAAAUGGGGAUCAGCUCAUCUGGGCGCCUGCAGCCUGCGCUCCAUAUCUGCACGGCUGGAUCAAAGCUGCUUCACUUCAGUGGGAGCUUCAAGCCGUGGCUACCUACAGGGAGGUCAAGUCCAAUCUGCGCGUUGCCUCAGGUACAAGGACCCUACCUCGGCUGGACUCAAUCUGGGGAGUCAGAGCUCACCUUGCACUGCAAACUGGAUGGUCAGGAGUUGCGCGUGUUGAACUGUUCGAGCCUUUGGCGGGCAUUCCUCACAGCUGAGCAAGAGUGUGGAUUGAAAGGCUACGAUGCGGGCUGGCCUGAUGUGGACAAG